CAUAACUAACAUGAAACCUGUUUUUUUAGUUCAAACUUAGCACUCAAAAUAACAAAGAUGGUUGAAUUGAGUUAGAUAAAAAAGGGUUACUAAAUAUAAUAUUACAUAUGAUGUUUUCUUCUUCUCAUGCUUCUUCAUUCCAAGUUCCAACUCCAUUCAACAAACCAAGAAAGCAGCAGCAUCAACAGCUACUAUGGAAGUCUUAUCAUCCAAUUCAACAAACCAAUCUUCAACAAAGCUUAUUCAGUUCUGUUCAUCUUCCUUGUCCUUUGAAGAGAAACCUCCACAAGUGCUUCUUACAGAAGCAGUCUCAAUCCACACAAGAGGAAGAACAGCAACAAUUUGAGUUUGAGAGGCUGUUCUCAAACCUUAACCAAGCGACUUUGAAAAGGGAACCUGGAAGCUUAUCCAGUGCAAUUUUGCUUGUUGCAGGCACCACUGUUGGUGCAGGGAUCCUUGCAAUACCUGCAGUGACACAAGAAUCAGGAUUUUUAGCAUCUGCAGUUACUUGCAUUGUUUGUUGGAUAUUCAUGGUUUCAACAGGGUUGCUUAUUGCUGAAGUAAAUGUGAAAACCAUGUGUGAACUUGGUUCUGGUGGUGUUUCACUGGUAUCCAUGGCCAAAAGAACUUUAGGAACAGCCGGAGUUCAAAUUUCAAGUUGGUCAUAUUCUGCCUUAAAUUGUCAUUUUGGCCACAGAUGGGAAAGUGCAACCUUGUUUUCAUUGAUAUUUGGAGGCUUAUGCUUCUUUGGAAGCCAGCGAUUUAUUGGUGCGAUUAAUGGUGUUCUAGUAAUUGGUCUCAUUGGCUCCUUUGCUGCUCUUGUGGCAGUUGCAAGUGGAGAUGUACACUUGGAUGCUCUUCUGAAAGCCAACUUCCAAGCUGCUCCUGCGAGUAUACCAAUUAUUGCACUAUCAUUUGUUUACCAGAAUGUGGUGCCUGUUGUUUGUACAAAUCUUGAAGGAGACAUGACAAAAGUAAGGACUGCAAUAAUCCUUGGAACUGGGAUAGUUCUUGCUCUUUUUCUCAUAUGGAAUGCUGUUAUCCUGGGAACUAUUACUGACAAUUCAAUGGGCGUCGAUCCAUUACAACAAUUGCAGUCGACGAGCGGAGCAGUUGGACCUAUUGUUGCAGCCUUCUCAUUUCUUGCAAUCACCACAUCUUACAUUGGAUUUGUUUUGGGUUUAUCAGACUUUAUUGCAGACUUGCUGCAACUCCCAAGUGGCCAGAACAAGCCUCUGCCAUACAUACUGACUUUAAUUCCACCAUUAAUACUAGCAUUGUUGGACCCAGAAAUAUUUUUCAAAGCCUUGGACUUUGCAGGAACAUAUGGAGNNUUGGUGCUUUUUGGAGUUAUUCCAGCUGCAAUGUCAUGGUCUGAUAGGUACUCAAAUUCAUCAUCUGCAUCUGUGAAAAUACCUGAACUAGUUCCUGGAGGGAAGAUAACACUACUACUGGUGCUUGGAGGAUCAGGAUAUGUGGUUCUUUCUGAAUUGAUUCAGAACUUUCAGCACCUUUGAAGAAAGUCAUGUAGCUACUAUGUUCUUCCCCCUCUCUUAUAUAAGUUUUCUAUUAUUACUACAAUAUAUGUUAUUGUAUAAAUUAUUCCACUUUGGAGAACCUGCUAGCUGUAUAAAUUGAUUGGAGAUCAAGAAAAGAAUAAAGAAACAUAAUAAAUAAAUUAUGGAUCAUACCAAUAUCAUAAUAUAUUGUUUAUUGUAAAGCAUGU